AUGGGUGAUGAUGUGAAUAGAAGCAGAAUAGAAGUAGAAUACCACCAGAAUUGCUGCAGAAUAGAGGUAGAAUACCACCAGAAUAGCAGCAGAAUAGAGGCAGAAUUCUACCAGAAUAGAAGCAGAAUAGAAGUAGAAUACCACCAGAAUAGCAGCAGAAUAGAGGUAGUAUACCACCACAAUAGCAGCAGAAUAGAGGUAGAAUACCACCAGAAUAGCAGCAGAAUAGAGGAAGAAUUCUACCAGAAUAGAAGCAGAAUAGAAGUAGAAUACCACCAUAGUAGCAGCAGAAUAGAGGUAGUAUACCACCAUAGUAGCAGCAGAAUAGAGGCAGAAUACCACCAUAGUAGCAGCAGAAUAGAGGCAGAAUACCACCAGAAUAGCAGCAGAAUAGAGGCAGAAUACCACCAGAAUAGCAGCAGAAUAGAGGCAGAAUACCACCAGAAUAGCAGCAGAAUAGAGGCAGAAUUCCACCAGAAUAGCAGCAGAAUAGAGGCAGAAUUCCACCAGAAUAGCAGCAGAAUAGAGGCAGAAUUCCACCAGAAUAGCAGCAGAAUAGAGGCAGAAUUCCACCAGAAUAGCAGCAGAAUAGAGGCAGAAUUCCACCAGAAUAGCAGCAGAAUAGAGGCAGAAUUCCACCAGAAUAGCAGCAGAAUAGAGGCAGAAUUCCACCAGAAUAGCAGCAGAAUAGAGGCAGAAUUCCACCAGAAUAGCAGCAGAAUAGAGGCAGAAUUCCACCAGAAUAGCAGCAGAAUAGAGGCAGAAUUCCACCAGAAUAGCAGCAGAAUAGAGGCAGAAUUCCACCAGAAUAGCAGCAGAAUAGAGGCAGAAUUCCACCAGAAUAGCAGCAGAAUAGAGGCAGAAUUCCACCAGAAUAGCAGCAGAAUAGAGGCAGAAUUCCACCAGAAUAGCAGCAGAAUAGAGGCAGAAUUCCACCAGAAUAGCAGCAGAAUAGAGGCAGAAUUCCACCAGAAUAGCAGCAGAAUAGAGGCAGAAUUCCACCAGAAUAGCAGCAGAAUAGAGGCAGAAUUCCACCAGAAUAGCAGCAGAAUAGAGGCAGAAUUCCACCAGAAUAGCAGCAGAAUAGAGNUAUGUUAG